AUGUUACAGAAGGCAACUUGCCGUAUAUUAAUGUGUAGACCAACAUACUUUGAUGUUUUUUACUCAAUUAAUCCCUGGAUGUCGGUGAAUAAACCCGUCGAUACCAAAAAGGCGAUGGAUCAAUGGAACACAUUGAAAAAGACCAUAGAAAAUUGUGGCGGGCGCGAGAACCUUCCAGAUCUCGUCUUCACCGCCAAUGCAGCGAUAGUUCGCAAAGGCCAGGUUUACUUGGCGAACUUCAUGCAUGAACAACGAAAAGCCGAGUGGAAAUUCAAUGACCAGUGGUUUCGACAAAAUGGAUUCAACACUCAUUUCAAUCCAGACAUACCCCAUGAAGGUACUGGAGACGCCCAAUGGUGCUGCAAGGGCAAAGUACUGAUCUCUGGAGUUGGACCAAGAUCCGACGUCCGUGCGUUGUCAGAUAUUCAAGAAAAGCUGCAGUCUGAUGGCGACACAUUCAAAGUGAUAGGAGUGCGAUUGGUAGAUGACAGGUAUCGUGCAUGUUCCAUAAAUUUCUGUUGA